AUGCCUAGCUUCGGAGAAAUCGGUAACAAAUGGAUUGCACCGUCCAACCCGACGCCUGCCAAACGGGCAUCUAGCCCCCCUUUAGUAGCAUCUCCCUAUCGUACCGCCGCCGCUACUUCAUCAGUUCCUCUUAGGGGGGCCGCCAGUGUCGUAUCCACCGAUCGGAGCAGCGUUUUCGACCAUGUUUCUACCAUAUCAACCGCUCCUUCGUUGGGUCCCGAUCCGUUGAGCGAGGGAGGCAAUAUUCUUCCCUGUGAGUUUGUAGGGUAUACUGGAUGUAAUCGUACGUUUCAACUUGACGAUACUGACCGGUGGAUCAACCAUAUCAUAAUUGAUCAUCUUGAGUACCGGCUACCGAGCAGAUGUGCUUGCUGGUACUGUGAUGACCACGUCUUUGAUGCCUUCCAAAAUCGCCCGGACGACCACGUCUCUAAUGCCACCCAAAAUCGCCUGGACGUAGCGACCAACUUUGGCGUUCGUCUCCGUCAUAUUCGCAAUCACAUUCUUUAUGACGGGUAUGGCAUUUCCCAAAUCAGGCCCGAUUACGCCUUUCUCGCACAUAUCAAGAAACUUGGUCUAGUUAGCCAGGCGGUCUUUGAUGAGGCUCUAUCCUGGAUACCAGAUCCUGAUUCUGGUAUAGCAGAUAUGUAUAAUCACGAUUGUGUGCCCCAUGGGCGCCACUACCAGUACGAAGAGAGCCCAGAGAUCGUCACCGCAAGAAGACCUAGAGGAAGAAGGCUACGUAAAAACCAAGAACGCAAAGCAAACCGGGAAGCUCGAGAAGAUGGGAGUCGAGGACGAGGAUGGGAAUGGGGACAGAUUCCGUCCCAAGGCGUCAGUAUGACAGAAGGAAAGCGCCCCGACUCCCUUUUACAUGCAUCAUCUCCUACGACAAAACCAGAUGACCAACCGACGCUCAAUCGGAGUAUCCAAGAGACACCUCAGCCUCAUCUGUCACUUUCAUACCGUGAACUUUCGGCAGGUGCUGAAACAGACAUUGGCAAUUCUGAAGAAAUCGACCUUGUUGCUGAGAACUCGGCGCAUCAGAGAGAAGUGAUGGCAGAAAGUUCCGAGCCGAAAAUAGAAGAGUCUGAAGGUGUGGGUCUACAUAUUCCGUCAAGCACGAAUGGCAUGGGUGAGUUUCUCGACCUCGAAAAGUAUUACCGUCAGGAAUCUGGCAGACUUCCACUCAUUGAAUCGACCCAACCCCUUGUUUCUAGGGAUAUUUCCACAUCUGUUUCAUCCAGGAACUCCCAGGAAAGCGAUGCCCCAUACUCACCCUCGUACACUAGGCAGAUGGGCAUUGUGAGGAUUCGUAUUGAGCAGCUCUCUCUCUUUGACCACUGUAUUGCAGAUGCAAAGUCAGACGGGAAUUUGGACAGCCAAGCCGAUGUCACUGAAAAUGAACACAACGAAGGGGUCACAGAAAUCGAGUCUGGUACUGCUGAACAUCAAGAGAGUGGUGAAUCUUCGUCCAGUUCUCCGGGAGAACCGCGCUCGUCCUUUCAGAGAUCGAAUAGAAAUAAAGAACAUCGGAGUGGAGAGAAUUCGGACGGAGAGCAGGGCGAGCAGAGGAGAUUCCCGGUUCAGAAGCGACGAAAGACAAAUUGCCAGGAGCAACUGAUGCGGUUCGCAUGUCCAUAUCAGACGUUUGACGCGUUCCAGGAUUGUUUGAAACCAGGCCCACGAAAUCCCAGAGGCGGCUGUACAGGAAUCAAUCGACUCAAGCAACACUUGACCCGGCGCCACAUGAAGUCCUAUCGGUGCCAGAGGUGCUGGGGGUCAUUCGACUCUCGACGCAAAGUUCAAGAACAUGAAGCGCAGUUGAUGCAGUGCAGUUCCAGAGAGGUGCCUCAGAAUGAAAGAUUCAUGAGUCUAGAGCAGGAGGGAGCAGUUGACGCCGCAUGCCGUUCUGCUUCCGACGAUGAAGCAUGGUGGAAUCUGUUUCGACUUUUGAUCCCGGGUAUGCAAGGCCAAGACAUCAAAUCGUUGAGUCCUCCAUACCAGCCAUACUACAUCCAUCGACAGUCAAGUUUCGUUAUCCCCUCUGUGACGUUGUCAAAUAUCUCUUUCGAACCUGUGUUGCAAGCAGCUUCGAAUGGAGAAGAUGCAAUACUCAAUACAUCUACCAUUCCGGAUGUCUUCACGCAGGGAAGCUUCAACUUUGACAUACCAAGUACACCGUUCGCAAUCCAGCCAAUGUCUUCACAGACUAUAUCCAUGCCACUUUUAGAGGUUCUCGAUAGGGAUGCCAGCGACAACGACUACUCCGCUUUCCUCAGUAAUACUGGGACAAGUAGCUCUAUCCAAUGCAAUUCCAAUCUUGAUUCAUCCUCCUCUAGCAACAAUUUCCCGCCUUCACUAACACCUGCCCCCGAGUCUGAAGCUUCGGGCUUGAUGGAAUCAUCGAUGAACAAUCCGGUGCAUCUGCGGAGAAAUCACGAGCGCCUCCGGGAACGGAACCGCCAGAGCGAAGCAAAUAAUGCCGAGCUUCGCAGAACGAUACACGAGACGCUGGAGGAGCUGAAUCAUGCCGAUACUCUUGUCGAAGACUUACUCAGCUCUGAGGACAUAUCACAUUUCUUGUAUGACAAGCUUGAUAGCUUAUCAUCCAUACUGCGCUCGGCAAAAGAAAAGCUUCAAUGA